CCAGGCAGCCCUGUAGAGUUCUCACGGCAGCCAGCGAGCGUUUCCGCUCACCUAAAAUAAAGAGCUGGCGAGUCGAGGAGGACAAGGAGUGACGGAGCAGGGCAAACGAGACGUCGACGGCCAAACGCUUCUAUUCUGCGUCCAUUUUUUUCAUAUUUAAGCCGGAGGGGUGUCGUUUUUUUUUUUUAAGAACUGCCUUUUUAAUGCCUCGAAUGUGAACCGGGGCAGAGGAGCGCUCGCCGCUGUUAACCUUUACGUUGGUUAAGCCGUAGAGGACUCUCGCUGGUUUGUCGGAGGAAAAGAUGUGCGAUGGAAUGGUAGCGUUUCCGACGAGAGCCCCGUCCUCCUCCUCUUCCUCCUCUGUAGCCCACAGACUGGCUGGCUCUGCACUUCUCCUCCUCUUCAUCCUGCUCCCUCAUGGUCACGCCUCAGGUUGUGCGCCUCCCCCCGGAGUGCCGCAUGGAAGCCUGCUGAACCUGACCGAGUCCAACCAGGCCUCGUAUCCUCCCGGCUCCCAGCUUACAUUUGCAUGCGAUCCAGGAUAUACGCCAGAUGGACAAGCGACCAUCUUUUGUACCAGCGACGGAGCGUGGUCCCGUCCGCCUCCAAACUGCAUCAAGAACUAUGUGUGUUCGCCACCUACAGAACCAGAGAACGGAGGCUACCGCUGUCACCCGACUCCCUGCCACCGUCUCAUCCACAACACCGUCAUCGAGUAUUUUUGUGACGAGGGCUACACGAUGAAGGGAGACUACAAGUACCUCACCUGCCUCCAUGGCGACUGGGACAGUCCCAUGCAGAUCAGCUGCAGACUCACCCAAGACAAGGAGCCCAGCCUGCCGCUAGGGAUGCCAGCUCUGUCCAUCGUGCUGACCACAGCAAGUUGCGUCUUGCUCAUCCUGCUCUUAGUGGUGCUGUUCGUUCUGGUCCAGCCGAAGCUCAAGUCCUUCCACCACAACAGGAGGGAGCAGGGAGUCUCAGGCCAGAGCAGCUCCAUCCUGGUGGAGGGUGUCCAGGUGUCGCUGCCGUCCUACGAAGAGGCCGUAUAUGGGAGCGGCGGACCCUGCGGCGCGUCUGCUCCUCCUCCUUCGCCGCCGCCGCCUAUGGCUUCGCCAGAGUCACGAGUCCCCAUCGUGCUCUCCGAGGGGCUUCCUCAGGGAGCCGCGGGGGGCCAAGGCUCCAGCAGGAGCCGGCAACACAGAGAAUUAGACUUCUGUCUCCCGUCGACCUCGUCGUCGUCCUUCUCCUCCAGCCGUCGCGCAGAGACGGCGUUGGUUCAUCAGGCCCCCUCGUCCUCCUCCUGCUCGUCGACUUCGUGGGCCAGGGAGCAGCAGCUCGUGGGUGCCUGCGCGGCCCCCCCACCUCUCCGCAGAGACUCUGAGAGCAGCGACCAGCACAGUCUGCUUUCCGUCACCUCUGUGGACGAGUUUGCUGACGAUAUCCCUCUGCUGAAGGAAGCAUGAAGCCUGCGGCCCGCUAUCAGCAGCGGCGGCUCCUCCUUCGCCUAUCUGUCGCUGCUGUCCGGAACUGACUGUGGCUGCCUAUUUACUUCCCCUCUGUCCUCCAAGCAGCCAGCAGAGAAGUGACUAGAGCCAUGCGCCUCCAACCUAUUCUGCUUUACCAUUUGAGAGCAAAACCAACAACCAUUACCCAUACUGCAACACGAGCAACGAUGGAGCCCACGGGACCCAAACACUGGUGGAAGCUGAGCGAAGGCCAGAUGCGUGAAGUGGAACCCGGUCGACGUAAAUCCUGUAGAUCCUGUGAAAAAAAAGAGUAAAAAUGACUUACUGAGUCAGAUUCUGUAUUACCAUGAACUCGCCUCCUGCCCAGUGUAGUUAACUGUAGUCCACCUGCAAAUAAGAGUUUUUUUUUUUUUUUUGAGGGGGGGCGGGGGGGUUUGCCAAAAGCUUCACUCAUCAGCUCUGUUCGGGAUCUCCUGUGAUACCAAAAGAGGUUUGAACUUGUGAUCUUUGGCGCUCCGGACCAUCUUCCCGCUGUACUUCAAAGGUUGUGAGUGAAUUCUGACUUUUCCGCGGCCCUCUCUGCGAAUGCUGCAUGUCCUUUUUUUUUUUUUUUUUUUUUUCCUUCCUCCUUCUUCAGUUUAAUGCUGUCACGCCGCUGCGAGCGACGCAUGAACCCGCCUCCCUUUUCUCUCCCUCCGCGCGUUCCCUGUUGCUGUCUAGCAAAAAGGAUUAGCAAGGAGCGACAACCGUGUCACAAAAGCUAAAAGCGGCGCGAGCAGCGUUUCAUCGAGCACCAUAUCACGGCUAUAAAAAGACCCGCUUCUUUAUUUUCCGCCGCCGCCGCCGGCUGCAGCGGUGUCUAGAAGCCCGCUGCUUCUGUUGCAUGAGUGGGAUUGAUUAUUGUCUUGGCUGCGCCUCUCACACUUUUUUUUGUACAAGGGAAGAGGGCGACAUGACGGGAUAGUUUAUUGACCCUGGUGAUUGGACAGUUGGCUAAACUUUUAUGCUUCUUAUGGUUUCAUCUUUGUCCUCGCUGUAUUUAUUGUUUGUGCGUGACUGUUUGCUUUGAGUUGCUGAAUCGGUGUGUAUGGAUGUGUGUGUGUGUGACGUCUGGAUUGCCUGUGCUCAGAUGGAGGCUGGCUGGACAAAGUCCCAGUCCUUCCCAGUAGGAAAAUGUCCCUCCCAACACUCAAAAAGUCACAUGAACAAACUAGCUUCACGAUUUGCAGCACAGUAUGGGUAUUAAUUACCCAUAGAACCCUUCUUUUUUUGUUUUUUUUUGUUUUUUAUGCCCCUAUUGAAUGGCUGUAAAACAUUACCCUCCUCAGAGGAACUGGCUCCCACCCAUUUCCACGCUGAACUAAAGACUCUCCACUGUUGUGAAUUGUGGAAACAAACUGCAACUGGUUGCAGUAGAAUAAAGAAGAGAAGAAAAGCUUUUGUUAGCUAGCAAUAUACCCCCCCCCCCCCCCCCAUAUACCCCCGUCAUAUACACUCAGUCCUCUAACGCCAAGUGCAAAUUAAAGAGAGAAAACAUGUCCUUCUGUUCGAAGUCAUCUGUUUUUAUUACCACUUGAGAAGCUGCGGUGCUUGAGCUGGUCACCCUGGAAACAGCAUGGCUCGGACAAAUCCUGACAAUUACUUUUUUUUUUUUUUUUUUUGAGCUUUGAAAUUACACAAACGGACACGCACGAGCUGUCUAAAUAUCUGUUCUCGUUCUCAUUUGGCUUUUCUUUGUCUUUAUUUUUUUUUUUGUCUGGGCCUGUCGUCGUCUGCGGCUACAUUACUCAUGCAAACAAAAUGUUGCCUUAGAUUUGUACAUUUUCGUUUCUUUUAAUAUGUAUAAUCGUAAGCCUCCGAAUUGAUUGCUUUACAGUUUUGCAACUCUUCAUUUUCCCAAUUGCCUUACUCUGUUCUUUUUUUUUUUUUGUUUUGUUUUUUCUAUUCUAUGCAUAAAACUCUUUAUUUGUCAAUGACUGUACUUGUGUUGUGGGCACAACUAAACGAAUGUCGUCCCUCUCUCUCCCCCCCCCCCCACCCCCCACCCCCUACCCCCACACACUGUUUUUCCCAGCGACUGUGAUGAAGAUAACGACUAUAAUGAUAAUUGAGCCUAGAGCUCCUUUACUUCAUUACUUUUUGGCUUCUUUUGCUCGAAGGCAUCAUGUUUUAGGAUGAUUAGAGGGAGAAAAAAAAUGCUAUAAAGAAGCACUGUUGUACGGUGUUUAUUCCCCAGAAAUGACAGGUUCAAAUUACCCAUCUGGAUUCUUAAUUUCAAUGCUUUAAGCUUUAUUUUUGUUUUUUUGUUUUCUUUCUGUACAUGGCAGUGGGUGUGAAGAUAGUAAUUUAAUAUUUGUAUAAAGUUUAAUUUAAUUUUACAGUGUGUAUAUAACUUUCUAAUUAAAGCUUUCUUUUAAAUGUGAAA